CCACCACAGUCCACUGCAUUUUGCGACACCACUCACGUACUUGAAACAACGUAAACAUGGCCAUGAUACCCGUGAGCUACAACGAGAAGGAUAACGUCUGGAGGGGAGCCAAUCGAAACUCCAUCUACAAAUAUGACACCUCCGUUGGCAGGAUUAUUUUCAACAACAUGCGAAACUGGCCAAAGAACGUCUGCCAGAUAUGCGAUGUGGAUGGAGUGACUGUCACCUUCGAGCAAGGACUUACCUGGGCCAUUCGCAUAGCCCAGUAUCUGAAGAAGCGUGGACUCAACUACAAGGAUGUCAUCGGGAUUGCUGCCAAGAACUCAACCUAUGUAAUGCCCCUGGGUGUGGCUUGUCUGAUGAAUGCAACACCCUUCCAUGCGGUUAAUCCUGUGCUCGAUCAAGGUACUCUGACGCAUGUGUUCUCUAUCACCAAGCCAACUCUGAUAUUCUGUGAUGGCCAGGAGUACCAGAAGGUCCAUGAAGCCACCAAGGGAUGGCAUCCGGAGAUCUUCACCCUAACCGAUCAUAUUGAGGGAAUUUCGAGCAUUGAAACCCUACUGGAUCCCACCAAUACGGAAAGGAUGUAUCAGCCGGAGCCCUUGAGGGAUGGUGACCAGACUGUGGCUAUUCUGUGCUCGUCUGGAACCACUGGCUUGCCCAAGGCAGUAUGCAUUUCCAACAGCAUUCUGAUUCAGGAUAGCAUGCUGAUCACCAGUGAGUCGGUGAUUUACAUUGGAAGCUGCCUGGACUGGAUCACCGGACUGUGGGCCUUUGUGUUUAGCACCGUUUUUGGAUGCACUCGUAUUAUUACCAACAAGCCCUUCACCCCCGAAUAUUUCGUGAGUCUGGUGAAGAAGUACAAGAUCAAUUACGCCGUACUGCCGCCCCGUCAUCUUUCGGCUCUUAUUACCUGCCCGGAUGCCACUCCUGAAGCCCUGUCGUCCAUAACGCUCCUCAAUUAUGGCGGUGGCUCGGUUUCCUCUUCGACUUUGCAGCGGUCCCAGGAGAUCUGCAAAAGCGCCAUGCUUAACUCCGGCUAUGGAAUGACGGAGGUGGGCGCCAUCACCAUCAACAUCGGAAUCAGCAAUGUGUCGUCGGCGGGAAGACCCAUUCCUGGUAUCAAAAUUCGCAUCGUCGAUGAGGACGGCAAAAAUCUGGGCUACAAUGAGGUGGGCGAGAUCUACGUUCACACGGGUCAGGCCUGGAAUGGUUACUACGGUAAUCCGGUCGAGACACGUCGCAUGCAGGACUUUGAGGGCUGGUUCCACACCGGCGACCUGGGCUACUUCGAUGAACAGAACUUCCUCUACAUAGUGGACCGCAAGAAGGAGAUCCUCAAGUACCAGGGACUCCAUUACUGGCCCACCGAGAUCGAAAGCGUCAUCACGGAGAUGCCGCAGGUGCAGGAUGUGUGUGUGGUGGGCAUCUAUGAUGAGCGGGAGGGCGAUGCAGCAGGAGCUCUGGUGGUGAAGGCUAAGGGAGCGACUGUCUCGGCCAAGGAGAUUGCGGAUCAUGUGGCCAAGAGGCUUCCCGCUACGCAGAAGCAGCUCCGGGCCGGAGUCGUCUUUACGGACAAACUGCCCGCCAAUGUCAAUGGCAAAACAAUGCGCAAAGUGGCACGCGACGUUUUCAUAGCUGAAAAUGGGACUCGCAAGUGAGAUCUGUUCCACUCGAAGUAUGUUUGUAAUCUUAAGUGCUGGGAAAUAAUAGGAACGCUUCAAACUGUUGGCGAAGCACCCUUGGUCGAGGGUUCUCGACGAGAGGGUGACCUUUGGAUAGCAAUAAAUUGUGACUGCAGUGGACACUAAUCCCUUAAAUCCCCUGAA